GAGUGUUUGUAACAACUUCGGACGUUUGAAACAAUUUUGACAUUUAAUAACCAGUUGAAGAAAAAAACAAACAGUCCCAAUCCGGAUAAUUCAUAAAUAAGUUUUUUUUUUAAUUAUAUUAUGGCUGAAGGCGAUGAUGGAUCGCCGGAUGGAAAACCGACGGUUUCACGCGGUCCCGAUGAAGAUUGCGACGAUAAUCCGGUGAGGUUAGAUGCGGGGGCCACUAAUGAACCCGCUAGAAACAUAGAAUCUCGGACGCACAGUACAAUUUUUAACGAUAUAGGAUCACAAAGUCCAACAACAGAUCCGCCAAAAAAAGAAGACAACCCGUUUUCGUUUAAACAUUUCCUUCGUAGCGGAAACUCUGCAUAUCACAACCAAGGUGCACGACCUAAAGUUUAUUGCGACGGUAGGCCGGUGACUUCUAUGCCAGAUUUAGAAAUUCAUAAUUCCCCUGUUGAUAAUAAUAAAACGAGGGUCCCACCGGAGUUUUCUUCUGCUUUGCCUGAUUUUGUGCAAGAUCAUUUGGUUGUGGAACAGUGUUAUUUAAACAAAAAUGGACCGACACGGAGUUACACUGAUAUGGGACUUCCCGAUUUUGCACCAUCGCGACCGCUCAAUUUAGAUUCUAGUCGUAAGGAGAGACGUAAUCACCCCGUACCGUUAGAUUUACCCGUUAGGCCUCCGACUGAGUUUCCACUUGACUUGCCUGUUAAUGAUAAUCAAAAUCAAUCGAGGAGUUGUGCCCCGGCUGGGGAGGUAGCCGUUUCGAAGAGUUUGCCGGAUUUUUUGGCUGAUGGAGCAGUUAGGACUCAAAAUGAUGAUACUAUAAGUGUACAAAGCCCGGAGAGAGAGGUGGAUAGAUGUAGACAAGAGCUUGAAAUUGCUAGGAGGCAAUUGGCGGAUGAACGAAGGAGGACUGAACAUUUACAACGACAGUUGGAUAUUGCCAGGAAUAAAGAAAAAGAUUAUACUCAAAGUUUAGGGAAGGCUUUAGAACAAGUUGAACAAAAUUUAGAUAUGAACACUAAACGCAUGGUUUCAUCAGAAAAUAUGGUGGUACAAUUACGGAAGGAAAUGAAAGGACUUUAUGCUGAGAUUACUAGGUUAAAAAGGGAAAAUUCUUUGUUGAGGUGUGAUGAAGGUGCAGCUGGAACUUCAUCAUCAAGUACACAUCAAAGCCGUCCGCAAGUGAAUGUUGCACGUGAUUUAAGGGUAGCUGCAAAUAGUGCUGAACAAAACUUAAGGCAAUUAUUAUCUGGAGUGGACAAUCUACGAAUGAUUGCAUCAACAUUAGAAAAUAUGUGCCGUAUUGAAGAAACAUCAGACCCAUUGCAGGAUUACGAUAGGGAUUCUGAUUCGGCAGGUCCAGCUUUAUAAAUUAUUCAUGCUGGAAUUUGUAAUUAAAUGUAUGGAUUUAACCAAAAAAGAAUCCAAUUAAUGAUUGAUAUUGCUUCAGCGUUACUGUACAUAUAUUUCGGUAGCGUUUUAAGUUUACCUUAAUUUUUUUUUAAUAGGAUAGGUUGUACAGAUGUGAUUGUAUUUAUAAUUUAAUAAAUAAGACCCAAUUUUAUUUAUAGCACAUAUAAUCAGUACACUAUGUUCCAUCACCUUUUUUUUUUGGUUUCUGUAAAACUAACGCAAAGUGGUUGUAUAAUAUAAAAAAAAGAAGUUAAAACGCUUGUUAUUCAGUCACUGUAUAAUUCAAAAAUUAAUGUACCAAUAUUAAGUCAUUUCGGUUUUUUAUAUUUGUAGAGAUGGUUUUUUAUACGAAGUGGUUUUGACGCAUGAAUUUUUGACUACUUACAAUGCUUGUUUUCUUUUUAUAAUGGGUAAAAGUGAUAAAAAAAGUUUUUGAGAUUAUGUUUUGCCUAAUAUUGUAAUAUUUAUAUGUGUAAAAAACAGAGAUUGGUAAUCAUUUAUAUUCCUAUGGUUUUAUUAAUAAAUUUUUAUUAAUUUUU